AUGGCUGCCCAAAGCAAUGGGAGGGCGAAGAAGCCCAAGAAAUCUGCUGCGAACGGCCAUCCGAACGGCCACGCAAGCAAGUCGAGCAUCUCUGCACCACUUGCACGAUCGCCGACGCAGGCGCGGCAGAGGAAGGGCGUCAUGAAAGGCUUCACAAACGUCUUUGGAAGACUAUUGUCGUGGUAUAUCCUCAUCACCGUCUUCUUCCGCUGCCCCUCCUCUCUCUCCUCCAUUUCGGAGACUUCGCCGCAGAUUUGCAAGCCCUAUCUCCACGCCCGAUCAUACGCGGCGCCAUACUUGGAUCCAUACUAUCACACCUACAUAGCCCCCCAAAUCGAGAAGGUCCAACCGUACGUCGACCGUCUCGACGCUCAGGUGUACACUCCCGUAGCGACCUUUGCCAAGGAUAAGUACGCGGUCUAUGGCGCCCAUCGAGUAGACCAAGCCCAAAAGUAUCUGGAAGCGGAGUGGGAUAGCACCCUUCGCCCUCAGUUGCAGAAUGCUCAGAAGCAAGUAACGGCUCAAUACGAUGCACACUUGGCGCCACACGUCAAGCAGGCCUCCGACUACGUCGCACCCUACUAUGAGCAGACAAAAGAGAGCAUGUUGGAGAUAUAUCAUCUCUCCGUACUCCCGGCAUACGAAGCCGCCUUGCCUUAUGCACAGCAAAGUUACCGCCAUGGCCACCACAUUGUCUCCCACAUAAUCUUUCCCUACGUCCGCUCUGCCAGAGAAAUUAGCUGGACCUUUCUUACUCGAACUCUGUGGCCUCAACUCCGAGUGCUCUAUGGAGACAAUGUUGAGCCUCAGCUAGUUCGGAUCCGAGAAAGGCUUGGAAGGUACCGAGACGGGCAGAAGAUUGAGUCCAUUUUCGACAGCGCCGUCGAGUCGGAUCCAACCAAUGCGUCAGGAACCACAAAGAUGAUGCCCACGGUAGCGAUACCGUCUGACAUUGAUGCCGACUCGGCUCGCGAGAUGAUGGAUCUUCUUUGGUCCUCCGAUACCUCAACCGCCGAGGUCACGACAGCGACGGGGACGGCGCCGGCAGGGUCCACUGAACCCCAACUUACAGGUGAAGAGCUGCGAGAGAAGCUUAACAACGAUCUGAGGCAAUGGCAGUCCAAGUUUGCGGAGGCAGCUGAUAAAGGUGCAGAGGAUCUGGAGCAGCGAGUUGCCGAACUUACCAAGCGCCAAGUCGAAAAUGGUGUCAAGGGACACGGAGCGGCUCUGGUCGUCCAGCUUGAGGAGACGUCGAAAUCAACCAUCGAGAAGUUUAGGAAGUUCAUUAAGCAGGCUGUGGAGAAUCUUCCUGAAGAUGCUACCGAGGAACAGCUGGAGUCCGUCUAUGAAAAGUGUAUCGGGAAGACCCGUGAGCUCGGACUUCAGGUCAAAGAAAAGGCCCAGGCGGUUCGAACCUGGAAGGCUUCCUAUGAUGAAGAGACAGAUAACCUUGUGAAGGCCGCGGUCGAGAACACUCUCGCUGUCCUUGAUCGUAUUCACGGCUUAGGCCUUCAGGAGGUAGGAAUGCGGUGGGCUUGGACCGACGGUGUGACUUAUAAUGAUUGGCAGAAUUACCAUAAGCUAAGAAAUACGCUUACAGAGUGGGAAGAAGAAGUCGAAGCCGUCGGCUCACGACACGAAGGUCUUAGGGUUGCGCACGAAGAGUCUAAGAAGCUUGAAGACGAUGCCAUGGCCAUCUCGGCGAAGAUGGUCAGCGAAUUGGUUCGACUGAAGGAGGUCGCGAAAUGGAAGAUCUGGGCCAACGAUGCGACAGACGACUUCACGAACAAGAAAGUCCCUGCCAGGGCUUUCAAGGUCGCCAAAGAUGUUGUCGAUAGUGUGGAGUCAGCUGCCUCUAAGGUAUCUGAGUCCAUUGUAGGCUCAGAGCAGCCAGCCACCGAAAGCCGAGCUUCCGUUGUCAAAGACAAAGUUGCCGAUGCUUCCUCCAAGGUAUCCGAAGCCAUCCUUAGCUCCAAAACCACAGCAGAGAGCGUGGCGCCUGAAGUAGGGGAGAAGGUUGAGGAUGUUACGAAAGAAGCUAAGGAAACUAUUUCUUCCGUAAUUGACGAGCCCAAGAGGGUGCUGGGAGGAGCGAUGGCUCAGGUGAUGGCCGAAGCUAAAGAAAUCGUGUUAGAUGACGUCAUUGAGGAUGAUGAGGCGGGAACAUAUUCGGAGAAAGUUCAAAGCAUGGUCGCUGAAGCCGGUGAUCGUGCCGCCGACCUCAGCAGGGCUGUCAGUGAAGCACUUCUGGGCCCGUCGAAGACCCAAGGAUCGGUGGAGUCGAUCACUUCGCUGGCUAGUGAGCAGUAUGAGCGGGCUAUGGCUGCCGCGUCGAGCGUUCUGUACGGCACCGAGCAGCAGCCAAUCGAAAGUAUGACGAGCGUUGCUUCCGAGAAGUUUGCUCAGGCAGUAACUGCAGCAUCGUACGCUAUAUAUGGCACCCCCACUCCAACUGCCAUAAUCAAGACUGUCCAGAUCCAGGCCAGUUCUCGAUACAAUGAUGCCAUUAGUUUGGCGAACGAGCAGUAUUCCGACGCCAAAUCACAGCUUUCAGAGCUCUUCUCAGGAAAACUAAAACCCGCCCAUGAGACUAUGCUGUCGAUGAUUGAAAAGGCCUAUUCUGAUUCCAUUGCUGCUGCUAGCGAGAGAUUGCAGGUCGCUUUGCAGUACACCGAUUCAAUCAAAAGCUAUGCUGCCGGUCCCACUCAGGGAUACUUCGAAUCUGUCUCCUCGAUUGCGUCGUCAAAGCUGUCUGAGGGCAUUAGUGCCGCAUCCGCCCAGCUUUCCCUCCAAACAACACCCGCGCUUGGAGGCGCACGUCGGCAAUACUACGAAGCUCUCGGUCUCGCUCAUGCGCAGUACUCAGAAUUCCUUAACGCUGCUUCAACUGCUGCGUACGGACCCCAACAAGGGACUAUUGAGUCUAUUGCUUCUGUAGUCUCAGAGUCGGCGUCAUCAAUUGCGUCGGAGAUCUCUGGAUCUGCGCAAUCCGUUGCUUCCCAAGUCAGUGAGGCGGCUGAAUCUGCUGCUUCACGCGUCAGCUCUGGUGUCAUCGGCACUGAGACUCCCUUGACUGGGUCCGUCGCCUCGGAAGCAAGUCAAAACUGGGAAGCUCUCAUCGCGAAAGCCAGCACACAAAUAUACGGCGCACCUACACCAUGGGCUGAAUCGAUUUACUCUCAAGCCGGUGCAUAUGGUGCUCAGGCUACCACCCAAGCCGGAGAACAGUACGCCGCCGUCCAAGCCCUCAUCUCCGAGCUUGUUGUCGGAAAAGAGCCUGAUUUCACAGAGAGCGUGAUGCUCAGGUUCUCCUCUGCCUAUUACAUCGGAUUCCCAGCCGCCGUAUCUUCAAUGAACUCCUACGCUAGUGAAAACUACGAAGCUGCAACAUCUUACGCAGCAGAUGCGUAUUCUUCGGCUUCCUCCGUCGUUAGCCCCGCAUUCACCCCUCCCCCCGUUGUCGAAAACAUCCUGAGCCAGGUCAACGAGCAGAUCAGCAUGGCCGUCGAAAGCGCGUCUAUCGCCCUGUAUGGCACGCCAAAAGGCAGAAUCGAAGAAGCCAGUGAAUCCGCUGCGUCCGCGUACGCAUCCUUGCAAUCUAAAGCCAGUGAAGCUAUUUUUGGAACCCAAGAGGCCCAGAAUAGCUUCGCCGCUAUUGCAGCGAGUGCGCAAGCGGCGAUCAAUGAGGCUGUCUUUGGCACGCCUACGCCGAGCGGAUAUGUGGUGUCAGUUACUAGUGGCGCUGAGAGCGUGUAUAGCUCUAUUUCAUCUGUUGCGAGCGAAAAAGUGGCGGAUGUGGCAAAUGCUGUUAGUGAGGCUAUCUAUAGGCCUGAGCAAGGGGCUGUAGAGAGCGCGAGGAGUAGGGUAGCGGCUGCAGUUGAGGCAGCGAAUUCCCGCAUCAGUGAAAUGUAUGCAGGUGCAGCGAAGAGUGUGGAAGAAGGUGCGAACAGCAUGUCGAGCGUGGUGACAGCGGCGACGCAAAGAGUCAAGGAUGAGUUGUAG